AUGGAGAACGGACAGGACAGUGAUGUCACAAAAGCCAAAAAUUCUAAUUCAGGUUCACUUGAAUCAAGUAUCUCAGAAGCUGAUUUACAGAAAGAUAAUCAGGAAGCAGCUAAUUUGACGAGAAGUUCUUCAAUGAAAAUUGAUGCAAUGGAGAAGAAAGAUAAACAACAAAGAAGUAAGAUUCCUAUACUAAUUAAAAGAUGCAGGAACUCUGAAGUAGAGUCAGCACCAAGUACUACAACAAACAUGACAAAAAUUACAAAAUGUAAUCUCAACACUGCAGUACCACACUCCUCCUCUCUUCAGACUGGAAAAUCAAAUGUUUCAGCUAGAAAGGAAAGAAUGUUAGCAAAUAGUUCAAGUGCUUUAUCUAAAAGGGUGAAAACUUCAGAGAGUACUUCAAGAGUUUCAACUAGUAGCAGAACAACUUCAAAGCGUAAUUUAAAUGUUGGGAACCGGGUGCUGUUACUUGAUGGGAGCAACAGAGAAGGUACAAUCAGAUAUUUGGGCAAAACAUCUUUUGCAGAUCGAGAAUGGUGUGGCAUACAACUAUCUACACCAACAGGGAAGAACGACGGCUCAGUAAAUAGAAUACGCUACUUUACAUGCCAGCCAAAAUACGGCCUAUUUGUACCUCCAAGUAGGGUGGUUAAGAUAAGCUUCCCGCGUACUAUAUCUUCUACAGCCAAGUGCCGAACAAAAAAAACUGACACAAGAGGAAGCAGUAAAUUCGGAUCACCCUUUGCUUCAGUGCGUACAUUAUAUGAGCUAUUAGUGCACACAGACCUGGCUUUCUGUGCUCAACCUUCUACUUCUUGGAUGACCCCACCUAUAGAUGACCUGGUUCAGCUCAUCGUGCAGCACACCUGGAGGAGUUCUGACACCAUUGAACCUAUACCUAGGAGACCAGACAAAAUUCUUUCUCCACCAGAGGGCAACCCACACUGGUACAAAGGCCUACCAGUAGAUGCUAUGGUGGUAGCAGUGGCCACUAAGAAGGCAUUUACCAGAGAGAGCCCUACUGUCCAUCCCCCUAACAGGGAGUCUCGGGUGAUAGACAGGUUAGGGAAGUGGAUAUACUCUACAGCAACCUUUGCCAUUUGGCCCUUGAACUACUUGGCAGAUUUUACCUGGCUUCAGAAAGACUUAAUAUCAGAACUCUCGAAACCCUUGGCAGGAGCAGUGCCUGAUGAGGACAAGCCACAGUUCAAGGCAAAACUGCUGAAAGAGUUGGAAGCCUGUGACAGACAGAUACUGAAGCUUCAUACCAAACUGAAGGAAGAGAAGAGGAAGAAGGAAACCUUUAUGUUAUGUCUUGAAGAUGAGAAAAUGCUUAACAAAAGCUUGCAGGAUGAUAUUGAAAAAUUAAAAGUACUUGUGGAAAAAGUGAAAGCGUUUAUGAUAACUGAAAUGAAUGAGGAAAGUAGCACCGUCGAAAAACUUUUCCAGGCCCUUUUUAACGAAUGCCAGAAUAUAGUUAACGAAGGAGACAGAUCGCAAAGUAUAAAUACUGAACUAUUAACAAAAACAGAAGCUCUCCAAAAUGAAAAUGACCACAUGAACACAUAUCUUCAAGCAUCUUUGAAAGACAUUUACCCCUUCACCACUGACACAGAAGCACCUCACAAAAAACUUCAGGAGCCUGUUUUAGAAAUGCAAACGCUAACUGAAGAGACGUAUAAGAUAGCCAAAGAAAGGAAUACCAUCAAGGAUCGUUUGCAGGCCAUUCUUAAGGAGAGCCAAAACCUGACCAGUAGGAAUUGCUUGCAAUGCAUUAUUACUGAGCUGUUCUCAGAAAUAGAUGCAUUGCAGUCUGCAAUUUCUAAGCUGUUUUCAGAAAGAGAAAUACUCAAAAGACAGAAAGAUGAAAUGGACGUAAGUCUUCAGGCCAUGAGGUGUGACAAUGAAACACUUCGCAAAGGGCUGGAAGACUCAAUCUUAGAAAAGAAAGAACUAAGUGCACAUGUCCAAAAUCUUUCUCUGGAGAAUAAUAGAGUGACUGACGAAAAGAACAAGGUUGGCAUUUAUUUGCAGGCCACUGUUAAUGAAAAUCAGAAAUUGAUCAAUGAAAAAAAUGACUUGCACUGCAUAAACCACAAGCUGCUAUCAGAAAAAGAAGAAAUUAGAAGAGAGAAAGAUCAGAUGGAUCUGUAUUAUCAGGAGGUCGUGAAUGAGAAAAAAGCUGUUGGUAAGGAGAUGGAGAAAGCUGUCUUCGAAGUGAAAGAAUUAAGUGCACGUGUAGCAAAUAUUGUUCAGGAAAACUGCAAAAUAAAUACAGAAAGGAACAUUACAAAAAUGUUACUGCAAGCCAUUGUUAAAGAAAAUGAAAACUUAAUCAGUGAAAGGGAUGGUCUGCAAUCGAUUUACAGUGAGUUGUUGACAGAAACAGAAGCACUUAGAACAGAAAAACAUGAAAUGGAAACAAAUCUUCAGGUGGUUAUGAAUGAGAUUCAAUGCUUAGCAACCGACAGCAAAACACUUCGUGAAGAGCUUGAGAAGUCUGUUUCUGAAGUCAAACGACUAAGUGCACAAGUGGAAACACUCACUGAUGAAAACCAUAACAUAACUGAUGAAAGGAACAACAUGAACGUAUGUUUGAAGGCAAUUCUUAAUGAAAACAAGAACUUGACAAAUGAAAGGGAUGUCUUGCCACGCACUUACAGUGAGCUGUUGUCAGGAACAGAAACACGUAGAAGACAAAAAGCUCAGCUGGAUUUAGAUCUUCAGAUGGCCAUGAAUGAGAAUCAAUGCUUAUCCUCCGACAAUGUAGCGCUUCACAAACAGCUUCGGAAAUCAGCCUUAGAAGUAAGGGAACUAAAUCCACACACACAGACUCUUGCCCAGGAAAACUGUGAAAUAAAGGAUAAAAGGAACAUACGCUUACAGGCCAUGGGUAUUGAAAACAAAAACCUGGCCAGUGAAAGGGAAAGUUUGCAGUCGAUAAACAGUAAGCUUUUGCCAGAAAUAGAAGUACUGGGACAAGAAAUAGAUGAACUGGGGGCAAAUCUCCAUGAAGUUGUGGGUGUGAAUAAACACCUUACCACUGAGAAUGAAGCACUUCACAAAGAGCUCCAGAAGCUGGUUUUGGAACUGAAAGAACUAAAUGCAAGUCUACAGACUCUUUUUCAAGAAAACUGUAAAAUGACUGAUGAAAGGAACAGUGUUUAUAUGCAUUUGCAGGCCACCAUUAAUAAAAAUCUAAGGUUGACCAAUGAAAAGAGUGAGCCAAAAUCAGAAGUAGAGCAACCGAGAAGAGAAAAGUAUCAGAUAGACUCCUAUCUUCAGGCAGUUACGACUGACAAUACAGACCUUCACAAAGAGACUGAAAAAUCGGUUUUGGAAGUGAAAGAACUGAACAUAUGUGUAAAAGCUCUCACUGAUGAAAAAUAUAAAAUAACCAAUGAAAGGAAUAACAUUAACGUAAAUUUGCAAGCCAGUCUUCGUAAAAAGCAGAACUUGACAAAUGAAAAGAAUGGUCUGAAGUGCAUUUACAGUGAGUUGUCAGAAACAGAAGCACUCAGAAAAGAAAAACAUCAAAUGGAAACAAAUCUUCCUGUGAUUAUGAAUGAGAAUUAUUGCUUAACAACUGACAGCAAAACACUUUGUGAAGAGAUUGAAAAGUCCAUUUUGGAAGUAAAAGAACUGGGGUCAUACAUACAAGCUUUCACUGAUGAAAACUGUAGCAUAACAUGCGAAAACCAGAACUUGACAAAUGAAAUGGAUGGUCUGAAAUGCAUUUACAAUGAGCUGUUGACAGAAACAGAAGCACUCAGAAAAGAAAAACAUCAAAUGGAAACACAUCUUCAAGUGAUUAUGAAUAAGAAUCAGUGCUUAACAACCAGCAGCAAAACACUUUGUGAAGAGCUUGAAAAGUCCAUUUUAGAAGUAAAAGAAACAAGGUCACACAUACAAGCUCUCAUCAAUGAAAACUGUAGAAUAGUAUGUGAAAGUCAGUUGGAUUAA